AUGUCAGCUUCGCACAAUUGUUUUGUUGAAGAUUUGAAGAAUGUUGUGAAAUAAAUUAUUUGUAGAACAAUAUAUAUAUAGUUUGCUUGCUGUUUUUAUACCCAAUUACUGUAGAUCUUUUAAGCAUAAUCUAUUUUUUUAAUGUAUGGAAUUAAAAAAAAAUUAUGAUUACUUCUUUAACUGUUUAUCGAUGUUUUUAUACACUGUUAUAAUUAAAAAUAUUAAAGGUCGUUUGCUUAUAAAAUUGAAAAGAAUAGAAUGAAUGUUUAAGAAAAAGUUCUCUAGAUGACAUUAAAAUUGAUGGCAUUAAGAAUUGUGUUACCUCUUAACAAACAUUAAAGAAUGAAGUUAUUUUUAUUUCAAAGUUCAAGAACUAUAAUUCAUCCUGAUUAUUGAUGACACUCCUGUGGUUGACUGACCAUCUUGGCCGCAGGGGAUAACUAUCCUCUUGUUUACUUUAAAUCAGUAAUUUUAUGCUUACAAAUAAUGAAAAUCAGAUGAAAAAUAAUGUAUGACUUGGGCAUAAUUUUUGAGUACUCUAGAUAUGUUUCAUGACAAGUAAAGAUUAUCUGGUUAGUCAGUUAAUGUUUUUUUGAUUGGUGCAUUAAUGACAAGUAAAGAUUACUUUAAAAAAAUUUACGAAAUUUUGUCAGCUAAUAUUUCAAUAAAUAGCUGUUAUAGUGUUACAGCAUUAAUGAAUUUCGCAUUAAAAAUAUUGUAAUUUUCCACAUUUUAUUCCAUUUUAGAAAUUUGUAUAUAUGGUAGUGAUGUCCUCCAUUUAAUUAGCUCUGCAUUUUAAGAAACUGAAAGCUCCAAACUGCCAGUUAAAUCAAUGCUGAAAUGGAUCAUAUGUUUCAAGCAUUUUCAUCAGCUUCCACUGUGCCUCCUGAAUCUAAACUUCAGACAUACUUGAAUUCUAUGCAGCAAAAUGCGGUUGAAGACGGCAGUUAUUAUUCUGAUUCAUCAAUGGCCGGCAAUGAACCUAAUGUACUUUCUUCUUUAUCUGUUGAUCUAACUGGAAAGACUGUAAAUUCAGAUGUGGGGCAAUAUGGCAAUUCUCUAAUGGGCCGUAUGACUCAUAGUCUAAGCUCGCCUUCCUUCACUCAGUAUUCUGUACAGCCCUCUCAGUUAGUCAGCACUCCAUUUGGUCAUUUUGGUCUCGAUGUUAACAGCCGGAUGUCAAGAUGCUCACCUCAACAAUCUCCCCUCCUGGGUAAAAGAACUUGUUCCCCUGGUCCCAAGGAUUAUUCAACACCCAGCCCAUCGCAUGAACAGUACUUACCUCCUAGUGGACUGAUACAGGAAUCUGUAGGUGGAACAACUUACUUUUACUCUCAGGAAGAUACUAAUCCUUCUGAAAUAUCUCCCCUAAUUCUGCCUGAUGUGAGUGUGUAUCCAGGAAAUCCUUCCUAUAUCGAGCAUAUGACGUUGAAAGCUAAUGCCCCUUCUUUUUUCCUACCUGAUGAACUUAGAAUGGAUAUUUUGCACAGACACAGCCUAACUUUAGCUGAAGCCAAUCCUGAUCAACAUCCAGAUCUUCCAAAUGAAGUUGAUAAUUAUCAUAAGCUAUGUCCACUUGAACCUGCUCCUGGAGAUAACCCUCUGAAAUCCUCAACCUUUGGAUAUGUCACUUCUGUUUACAAAGCAGCCAAUAUAAAAACUGGCGUAUAUUACUGCUUAAGAAGAAUUCAUGGUUUCAGAAUAUCUAAUACGAAAUUUAUAUCUGUAAUUGAUACCUGGAAGAAGUUGCAACAUUCUAAUUUGGUUAAUCUAAGAGAAGUUUUCACCACUAAGGCAUUUGGGGAUAAUUCUAUGGUAUUCGUCCAUGACUAUCACCCAGGAGCUGAUACUUUGAUGAAUCUCUAUUUUAAUCAGCCAUCUUCGCCAGCAAUGAAUGGCUAUUUGCCUGGAUAUUGUCCCGAUAUUGAUGGCUUAACAACAGCUGGCAUGCCACCGAAAACUGGCUUAAACAGUUUGCGACAGCAUGCUGGCCUGCUUCCAGAAAGUUUAAUUUGGGGCUAUAUUGUUCAAUUAAGCUCUGUUCUCAGGACAAUACACGCCGCAGGACUAGCAUGCCGAGCCUUUGAUCCUUCAAAAAUUCUUGUGACUGGAAAAUCUCGGUUGAGAUUGAAUUGUUGUGGCAUAUUUGAUGUUCUCACGUAUGAUCCAAAUCAGCACAAUUCCAAACAAGUAAUGUCUCAUUUUCAGCAAGAAGAUUUAAUGGCUUUUGGAAAAAUUGUUCUAGCAUUGGCUUGUAAUACUCUCACUGCUGUUAAAAGAAGCAAUAUGACUAGUUCUCUUGAAUUAGUUUCUAGGAAUUAUUCUGCUGAUCUCAGAAAUUUAAUAUUGUAUCUUUUACAUAAUCAAACUCGUCCUCGCAGCAUCAAUGAUAUUAUGCCCAUGAUAGGUGCUCGUUUUUAUACCCAGUUAGAUGCUGCUCAGAUGAGAAGUGAUGUGAUUGAGAAUGAACUAGCUAAGGAAGUCCAGAAUGGAAGGUUAUUUAGGUUGUUAGUCAAGCUUGGUACCAUAACUGAAAGAGCAGAAUUCAACAUGGAUCAAUCUUGGGCUGAAACUGGUGAUCGGUAUUUGUUAAAAUUAUUUCGGGACUAUUUGUUCCAUCAGAUUACUGAAGAUGGGCGUCCAUGGGUAGACACUGCUCAUGUUGUAGCAUGCUUGAACAAGCUGGAUGCAGGCUCCUCGGAGAAGGUCUGUUUGAUGGCCAGGGAUGAGCAAAAUGUUCUGGUUGUGAGUUAUGCUGAGUUAAAGGAAUGCUUCGAAUCUUCAUUCAAUGAAAUCUUGAAUGCAGCUCUGGGUCCGAAACCUCAUUCCUAGAGUUUUCUUUGCAUAUCGGGGAGGAGGCAGAGAAAGUGCAUUUGAAUGUCCAUACUUGAUUUUAUAAUAAUCAAGUUAACUGUCCAGUGUACCAGUGUGCAUAAAGGUUUUGUUUUGGGGAAAAUGUGAUGAUAAAUAUUUUGUAAUUUUGUUCCUAAUUUCCCACACUUGUACAUAUUCAAGCCUGAUUAUUAAACAUCAUGAUGGCCCUUCCCUUCACUAAUAUGGUACUUAUGAUGACUGCAUUUCCAGACAUAUGUUUGUUCAGAUGAAAGAAUUUAUUUUUUCAUAUUUUGUAAGAGAAGUGAUGUUUUCAUGGGAUUCCACAUUAAGGAAUUAAUACUUUAAAGGUUUUUCAUGGGCUGAUGUACUGCAAGCUCUUACAAUAUAUUGCUCAUUUGGUUACAUGUUGUAUUUUUAAAAUAAUCUUCUAAGCUAAAGUUUGCAAAUUUUAAAUUCUACUAUUUUUACAUUGCUUUUAAAGCCCUUUCACUUCAAUUCCUGUUUAUAUUGUAGAAUGUAGUUAAUUCUAAAAAUGAGCAUUGUUAAAAAAAAUGAGAGAUUUUAAAUAAACUUUAAUUGUAUAUAAAUUUUAAUUCUCUUUUAGUUCAAGCAUUUUAGUGACUGAUGUUCUAAAUUUUCUUUUAUUUGUGUCAAAUUAAUUAAUGCAUGAUAUGAUAAUUUUUUAUAAUAAUUUUACGUUUUUAUAUUUUUGUCAUCUUUCUGUAUAUUAACAGAGGCUAUCUUUUAUAUGUUUAAUUUUUAAAGUUAAAAAAUGAUUUUUGAAUUUUUGUAAUAAAUACAAAAUUCUUUAAGUACAGUUUGAUGAGUUUGUAUAUUUUUUAAUGAUUUUUUUUGUUAUAAGUAUUAUAUUUCUUGGAACUAUUAAUUAUUAUCUUUAUUUUUUGUACAAUUUUUGGCUCAUUUAAAUUAAUUGAAUAAGCUUGAUUUUUUAUAUUUAAAUUUAAAUCAAAAUUUCAGCAAGUGCUUUACUAAGUUUGAGCUCCAAUAAUGUACUUUAUGUAAUUUCUGUAAAAAGUUUGUGACUAAGUGUGACUUGCACUCAGUUGUUGAAACAGUUCUUGAGGUCAGUGACUGGUGUAAAUUUACAAUGAAUAAAUCUGAGAUCUUUCUUCAUCAUUCCAUUUACAAGAAAGAUUAUACUAUUUUUUCAUGUGAUUUUAUUAAUAUUCACUUGUUUUUAACUUUCACUGUUGAACAAAGAUCUUCCUCAGACAGUUUUCCUGAUAUCAUUAAAGCUUUAAUCUUUAAAUAAAUUAAAAAGAUAUUUUGCAGUGAGGAAAACAAUUGCUAAAAACCAAAGCCCUUUAAAAUUUAUUAAUCAUUGACAGUUCUUAGUUAAAUUAUAUAUUGUAUAUCUGAAUGAAUUUUUAAUGAUUAUUUUCAACUGCCCAUUUUUAUUUACUGGCAUGAUCAUGAACUAAAAUAACAUUGUAAAUGAAUAUUAAUAUUUUAUUAGAAGAUAAUAUUCUAUGUUUAAUAAUAUUUGAAAUAUAAAUAUUUUUAAAUACUGUUUUUAAUUGAGAUAUAUAACUUUUGUGAAUGAAAGUAAUAUUUAAUUUUUUUAAACCAAAGUUUACUUAUUUAUUUGAGAGAAUGGGAUUUCUAUUUGUUUCAAGUUAACAGUAUUUUAAUUUGGUUUUCCUGGUACAGAUUGUAAGAUUUUUCUCUCUUCAGACCAUGGAUCAGUUUGUUUUAUAAAUGAUGAGUACUAUUUAUUUACAGGACCUGUCAUGGGAAGGCAAAGAGGGGGGCAACAGUACUGCUCAUAACGAAGUGCAUUUUAUGUUUGUAUUUCCUGUGGUAACCCUCAUGAUGUCAACUAUAAAUAAAAGCAAUGUAUUUGUACAGAAGUAUUGAAAAUAAAGAUUUUAUUUUCUUCUAAAA